AGGCAAAAUGUGCGCCGUUAUAGGGGAAAAACUUUCGCAACGCAACGCAAAGCAAUACAACGUGUCUACGAUGAUGAUACCGGUGCUGUCAGACUUAUUAUGCCAACCAGGAGUGAUGGUAGGCGUUGGAUUGGGCAUGUGCAUAGGAUUUUUCGCUCGUGGUUCUUUCUUGAGUGACAACGGAAACCCAGAAGACAUGAUGGACAGCGGGGGUGGCGGCGCAGACGACUCGGAUGACGAGGACUGGGACGAGGAUGGUUUUCUUGCUGAAGGAUCCGGGGAGAUGAAACUGGUUCUAGUGGUUCGCAAUGACCUCAAAAUGGGUAAAGGCAAAGCUGCAGCUCAGUGUUCACAUGCCACUCUCAAAGCCUACAAGCAAUUGCAAAAACGAAACAAGAACCUUCUAAGAGCUUGGGAGAUGAAUGGUCAACCAAAGGUUGUUGUAAAAAUAGAUGAUGAAGCUUCUCUAAUGGACCUAUCAGCACUGGCCCGGGAGGCUGGUUUGACAGUGAGUGUCAUCCAGGAUGCUGGCCGUACCCAGAUAGCACCUGGGUCCCGAACAGUAGUGGGUAUUGGACCUGGCCCAAUUGACUUGAUAGACCAGGUGACUGGGCAUCUCAAGCUCUAUUAAUUAUUGGUUAUUAUAAAUAAGCUUAGAAUAAAUCUUUUGUUACCAGAGACCACCCUAGGUUACAACAGAAUAAUUGUGUAUUUGAGGUUAAGAAAAAUCCUCUUAUUAUACCACACUAAAACACACAACAGUUGUGCAGUAUUGAAGGUAUUGAUUUAACUAAGGGUGGGCCAUAUUAGCAAAACUCAUAAUCAUAAUAAAGCAUAAUACUUUCUUGUGAUAUGAAAUACUUUUUAAGAUCUAAAUGCCUAACAUCUUGCAUUAAAUUUCACUACAUCUCAGUUUGUGCAUCAUAGCAAACAGACUUUAACUUGAAAAUAUUAAAAUUUUACAUAACAAGAAUGUUGAUGGGUAGCUGACAUGGUUAUUUUCAUCAUUUGUAUGAAUUGCUUACUUUUCAUCAUAUGGAAAUAGGGGCCUGUUUUUAUAGUUAAAGCUGGAGCUUGAUGUUAGAUAACUGUGCACAUGGCUUGGCUUUUGAGCUUGAUGUAAAAAUCAUGGUAAUGAAACGGUUGACUCCACCUGUUGUUAAUAUAAUUGUGAAAAAAGUUUUAAUGUCUGGACUUCCUGUUGUCACUUUCAUCUGGGUAUGUUUCCAACUAUCUUUCUUGUGGUGUUUAGCUACAUCCUUUAUCCUUUUAGGAUCCUGGUGUGACCAUUCCGUUAGGAAUCCCGGAUGUCUGGUUAUUCAUUAAUUGAUGGCUUGAUUAUAGUGUAAAUUGAUUUUUGUGUUCAGAAAUCCAGUUGUGCAUGUGGUUUCUUAAUAUUAUAUCCUGAAUUGACCACUUUGUGAAAAGAACUACACUAUUUCUGUGGGCAAAUAAACAAUGAAGUUGAUUCAAUGAAGCAGUGCACAGUAUCAAGGAAGCUCAAGAACAGUCUUGGUGUAGUGUAAGAAUGGUUGCAUUAUCAAGAUAUUACUAAAUUAUUUUCAGUGCUCAGAAGUUUAAUUCCUUUUAUGACUGUGUAUGUAAUAUCAAGACAAGCUCUGGCUUUGACCAUGACAGCACACCUGUAUGUCCAGCUAAUGAAAAGUAGUUUUACCAUCAUUUAUAUAUUAACUAAAUUAAACAAAAAAAAUAUCAGUUACCGUUUUCUUGCCAUGAAAUUUGGAUAUUAUUUUCACAUCUAAUUCAGAACAUAUUUGAAAAUCAAGAUGCUAAGAAUCUUGGUGAUUCAUUAUGGUAUCAAAACUACCAGUACCAAAGAAGUAUUGCUGCAAUAUUGAGUGAAAGACCAGUAUGACUUUUUAGCUCCCGAGUCUUAAAAAUAUCUUAGAUGUUUUCUGGAUAUUUUGAAAGAAAAAAGUGUGUCAUCUCAGGAGUGAAAAAGCUGUUUGGACAAGUUUUUGGAUGAACCCAGAAACAGUUACACACUACCCAUUUGACGUGUUCAUCACCAGUGAUGUCACUGUUGAUUGAAAACUGAUUGGAACUGCCAAAUAUCCUUCCAUGAGAUGGGAGAGAACUGUUGCUAGUAUUUAUGGGGCAACAGCACUCUCCCAUCUCAUGGAAGGAUAUUUGGCAACUCCAGUUAAUUAUCCUGUUGAUGGAGUGAUGUCACUGAUGAUGCACUCCAUCUUAAGACCAACAUGUGAACUCAGCCUUUGACUUUUGCCAUUGGAUCAGUAUCACAACUUGAUAGAAAAUAAUUUUAUAACUUUUUGCAGGAUCACUUAAUAGCAACACAUGGUGCAGCACUAUAGUUAGAAAUUUUACCUUGUUGAAUGUUAGUGAAGUUCAUGUUCACCUGUCACUUAAUAAAUACUGUUGAAUUUACUCAGAAUGCAUUUUUGGUUAUGAAAUAUAUGUACUUAUUUAUUUAACUAGAAGCUGUGCAUCACAAAAUAAAUAUAUAGUACAUCA